GCUUGCACUUAGAGCUUCAGCAGGGCUACACAGACUCAGACCUAUUGGCAAGGCCUCACUUCUCUGACCUUUUGCUUGUGCCUUUCCCUUUGCGACCAUUUUGCUGGGCCUUGACUGAAGCCAUGGGUGGUGCACAGUCAGAGGAAGCCCAGGGCUCGCCCGGCGAAGCGCCGGCGGAACUGCCAAGUGGUGCGCCGGCACCGACCUCGCCCGGAGGCGAAGCCAAGGAGGUGAAAGAAGUGAAGGAAGUCAAGGAAGUCAAGGAGGUCAAGGAGGUCAAGGAGGUCAAGGAGGUCAAGGAGAAGGGGAAGGGGAAGGGUGCGGAAGCCAAAGCCAAAGAGGCCAAAGAGGCCAAAGAAGCCAAGCCGAAGCCUCCACCAGGCGCGCAGAUCUGCGUGCGGAACCUCUCCAAGGAUGCCACGGAGGAGCAGCUCCGAAGCCUCUUCGAAGGCAUUGGCAAGAUCACGGACGUCUCCCUGAAGUCACUCAAGAAUGGAAUCUGCAAGGGCUACGGCUUCGUUACUUUUUCAACGAUGGAGGAGGCCAAGAAGGCCAUCGAGGCGAUGCAUGAGAAGCCGCAAGAGGGCGGGAAGCCUUUGCUAGUGACCAUGGCGGACCGACAGCCUGGGGAAAAGGGCAAAGGCCUGGGCAAAGGAAAGGAGAAGGGAGGUGAGAAAGGCGCCAAGGGCAAAGGCAAGUCCAAGGGCAAAGGAAAGGCUCCUGAGCAGGGCAGCUAUCAGUAUCCCUACCACCAGUACCCCUACAGCCCUGAAGCCAUGCAGUCGGCUUGGGCGCUGCAUGCACAGCUCUACCAGCAGGCAGCCCUACAGGCACAGGCCUACUACAGCGGAUAUACUGGACAGGUGAUCCCUAGCCAGGCUGCAAUCUCCGCUGCAUCAACCAAGGGCAAGGACGCACCGAAGCAGGCAGUGGCACCACCACCGCCCCCUGAGGGCAAGGAGUACAUUGGCCAAGUGAAAUCCAUCAGCGCAAAGAACGGCUACGGCUUCAUCACCUGUGCGGAGACCAAGAGCGCCUACGAGCGGGACGUCUUCGUGGACGCAGCGCUGCUGAAGGAUGUCGAGGUGAAAGCCAAGGUGUCCUUUACGGUGGAGCUCAGUGAGAAGGGGCACCCCAGAGCUGCGACAGUGAAGAAGAUCGCGGAUGCUGAAGAUUAGGUCAGCUGGUCGAUGUGGGCGUGCUCUUUGCUGGCAGCGCAACGCCUUUUGACUCGAUCGAUGUCGGGUGCCAUCGGAUGUAUAGUGAAAGUUGCGUGGAUACAGGUCUUGUGCUGUGACAGCGGCUUAUGGGAUUUAGGGGCACAUUUUCAGCCGCGUGGCAAUUGACUACGCGGAGCAUCGCGAGAAAGGAUGGAGUCACUGCCUUGGGUCUGCAGUAGCA